AAGAGGCUUUGACCCAAAUGAUGCAACUUUGCUUUCUAAUAGAAGUAUUUGCUGGAUUCGCUUGGGGGAAGUGGAACAUGCUCUAGUUGAUGCAAUGGCCUGUAAGGCCUUUAAACCAGAUUGGCCAAAAGCUUGGUAUAGGGAAGGUGCAGCUCUGCGUUUACUACAGAGGUUUGAGGAAGCUGCCAAUUCUUUCUAUGAGGCUAUGAAGCUUGACCCUGAAAAUGAGGAGCUUGUAAACGCUUUCAGGGAAGCUUUUGAAGCUGCAAGGAAGUUCUGCGGUAAGGAUCGGAUCAGUUCGACUUUAAACAUGAUGAAGAUGGAAGAGCUCGAUGCCUGAGUAAGGAACGUGCUCGUGAUUAUGGUUGCCUCAUAGUUACUUGCUGUUAGAAAGUCAGGAAAGAAGCAUUAACUUUCGUCAAUCCGUUGCAUGAACAUGUUUUGGUACGAGCCCGUACAGUUUUCGGUUCUUUCGUUCAGUGUUUCCCUUUUGUCAGAAGAUCUGAGCAUGGCCCAGUUUGUGAAAGAUUUCUGAGGUUUGGCAUUGAUAUUCUCUUUGCAUGUUU